AUUCUCCUCAUUUUGUAUACUUGCAGAAACAAAAUGAGGCUUUUAGCUCUUCCUCUAUUUUCAUUUCUUUUCAUUUCAUCAGUUUCUUUUGCAAGAUUACCGCAAAACGAUCAUGAAGACUUUCUCCAAUGCCUUUCUAGCAAGUCUCAGCCGCCAAAUCCCAUUUCUGAUGCAAUCUAUACCCCCAACAAUUCUUCAUUUCAAGAUGUUUUAGAGAAUUAUGUCAGAAACCUCAGGUUUUCAACUCCCUCAACUCCAAAACCACUUGCAGUUGUAGCAGCAAAACAUGAAUCCCAUGUCCAAGCAACUGUUUUAUGUUCUAAAAGUCUUGGCUUGCAGAUCAGAAUACGAAGUGGGGGUCAUGAUUAUGAUGGACUUUCCUAUGUAUCACAAGUCCCUUUUAUUGUCCUCGACAUGUCUAAUCUUCGAUCUAUUGAUAUCGACAUAAAAGAUGAAACUGCUUGGGCUCAGGCAGGGGCAACUCUUGGUGAACUUUAUUAUAGAAUUGCUGAGAAAAGUAAUGUCCAUGGAUUCGCUGCUGGAGUCUGCCCUACACUAGGCCUUGGGGGACACAUUUCAGGAGGAGGGUAUGGGAACAUGAUGAGGAAAUAUGGCCUUUCAGUGGACAAUAUUGUUGAUGCACAAAUAGUUGAUGUCGAGGGAAGAAUUCUUGACGGAAAAUCAAUGGGAGAAGAUCUAUUUUGGGCCAUCAGAGGAGGCGGUGCAGCGAGCUUUGGAGUCGUUCUUUCCUGGAAAGUAAAAUUGGUUCCUGUCCCUGAACGCGUCACCGUUUUUCAAGUUGUUCGAAGUAUAGGGCAGCAAGGUGGCACAGACCUUGUUUGGAAGUGGCAACAAGUCGCAGACAAGCUAGAUCAAGACCUGUUCAUUAGAUUGACGCUGCAACCCACAAAUGGAACCAUAAACGCAAUAUUCGUUGGCAUGUUUCUUGGCAAUGCACAAAAACUCCUUCCGUUGAUGGAUGCCAGCUUUCCUGAAUUGGGUUUACAGAAGAAUGAUGCUAUUGAAAUGAGAUGGAUCGAGUCUACUGUAUUUUGGUUUGGUAUGCCAAAAGGAACUCCCAUCCAAGCUUUACUUAACAGAACUUCAAAAGCAACGGUGAGUUACUUGAAACGCAAAUCAGACUAUGUGAAACAACCCAUUUCAAAGGCAGAUUUGGAAUCUAUUUGGAAGGUUAUGACUCAAAUAGGAGAAGUGGGAAUGGCUUGGAACCCUUAUGGGGGAAAAAUGAGUGAAAUUUCAGAGACUGAAACUGCAUUCCCACACAGAGCUGGAAACUUAUACAAGAUUCAGUAUUUUGUAAAUUGGAAAGAAGAUGGUAUUGAAACCACCUUCCGUUACCUGAAUUUGACAAGAACACUCCAUGACGCCAUGACCCCUUAUGUCUCAAAGAACCCGAGGGAAGCAUUUCUCAACUAUCGAGAUGUUGACAUUGGCAGCAUUGGCAGCAGUGGAACUGGUACAUUCCAGGAAGCAAGUGUCUAUGGGCAUAGUUACUUCAAGGGCAACUUUGACAGAUUGGUGCGUGUAAAGACAGCAGUUGAUCCUGAAAAUUUCUUCAGGUAUGAACAGAGUAUUCCAAUUCAAUCGGCAUCGGUAUAUUCCAAGGGCACAGUUGGGUCCAUCUAAAUAUUUUAAUAACUAGAUAACUUCUUGACUGAGUUAUUGCUUGCUGAUUGAAAAAGCAUUGGAAAAUGAAGUUACUUCAGAACUCGUUUGAUGGGAGCGUACUAACUUACCAAUUGUCGCCACUCAUCUUAGUUCUCAGUAUUAUUGUUAUUCAUUGGUACUCUAUUAUAAAUUAAAUUUAAACUCACAUUCGUGAUGA